UCUCUCUGUUUCCCUCACCUUCUCUCUAUCUGACUCGACCAGCGAGCGAUAGGCUGUUUCCCUCUUGCUGCACACCUGCACCCAACGAUCCAACGGUUGAGUCCCUCCUGAUUUCCUGGUUCUAGAGGCAUAUUCAUACCUCCGGCUUGCAGCGAGAAGCAACGUACGUGCGCAUGACGUUCCAGCUUCAAGAUUAGAGAGGACGAAGAGAAGAAGAAGGGGAGAUAGUGGUGGUGGGUUCAAUCAGGGGCAGGGCGGUUCUUUGUUCUCUGAACAAACGCACCAACUCGAAGUGAAAGGAAGAAUAAAGCCGUGGGUUCUUGCAGGGUGAAUCGUAGGCUCUCUGCCGCGCGGCGCGUCCAUGGGCUGUGGGUUGUCGAGGCAGAAGGACACCGGCGGCGGCCCACGGCGACGGCCGGGGAGCGUCGGCGACGUGGUCGUGUUCCUCCCGGGGCUCCGCGUGCCGAGGAGCGUGGACUUCUCCCAGGCGCUCGCCGGGCGCCUCGACAGGGGCGCCGUCGAGAGGCUGUCGUCGCUGCGAGCGCGGGUCGUCGACAUGGCAAUGCAAGAAUCGGCGGCGGCGCUGAAGCCGAAGCGGAGGGCGGCGCAACGGCACGGUUCCAGCACUGCUAAUCUCCUACAGGCUCUGGAAGACUACCUGCCCGUGCUGCUAGGAUUGGUGAACGAAGGUGGUGAGUUGCGGCACAGAGUGCAGUUUGUCUGGGCUAAUCAAGAGGACAAUGCUGAGGAAACGGCCAUGGCAGAUGCAUGGUAUGAGGUGUUGUCCGUGCUGCACUUGAUGGCCAUGGUCUGCCUGUUGCAGGCCAAUUCUCUACUUCUUCCCAGGUCAUACGGUGAUGGUUAUGCACCAAGGGUUUCUGAAGAGAGCAGACGGGCCACUGUUGAUGUUUUCUUGAAGGCAUCUGGCUACUUAGACUGUGCAAUUCGACAAGUACUACCACAGAUACCAUCAGAGUUAAGGAGACAACUUCCAAUGGAUCUGGCUGAAGGAAAUCUCAAAGCUCUUAGCCUGCAAGCUCUGGGCCAGGGAGUUGACAUGCAACUUGGUCUGGCAAUUGAUAGCCCAAAGGCCACUCUAGCAGUUAAACGGCGCUUAGCUUGCGAGAUGGUCAAAUAUUGGCAUCAAAUUCAGGAGAGCAUUCCAGAACUUCCUGGGUCCGAUGGAUGGGGCAAAAAGCAUUUACUUUUUGUCAAGUGGAAGUAUGUUGAAGCAAAGGCUGCGGCAUACUAUUUCCACGGUUUGAUUCUUGAUGAGGGAAACACAGAGAAAUCUCAUGGGAUGGCAGUAGCUGCCUUGCAAGCUUCAGAAGGAUUUCUGAAAGAAAGCAAAAGAGCUUCUGAAGCCUUCCAUGCAACUCCUCCAACAUCAAGGAGCCCUACUCCUUUCGGAACAGCUCAGUACAUGCUCGACAAGAUUCCGAAAGAUGCUUCAAGCAAGGUCAAGAUCAAUCAGGAUCUGUAUACUCAAGAGAGGGUCACCGGAACACCACCUCCUUUGCCGGAUUUCGCGUUGGCCCUAAAACCAGACGACUAUGAUCUUCCUCCAUUAGAUCCCCUUUGGAACAAAGAGGACGGCCGUCUGUAGCAGUAUAUUCAGCAAGAAUGUGGAUGUUGUCUUCUGACGAAAGGUUCAGGCUCUGGUAUACCAUGUCGAAGCCAGACGUGGUACGAACGAAGUGUACAAAAUUUGUCCCAACACAUUGUGGUGUCAGCAAAAUUCAAGCAAAUUUUAAACGAGGCCUGGAGAUAAAUCUCAAGAGCAUUGUACAGGCGAAUCUUGUUCUGACAAAGGAAAUGCUUUGCCAAA